UUAUCCGGAUUCCGGUCCCUCCCAAGUCCCAACUGUUCACCUCCCGCCGCCCCCUCGCGCCGUCAAGGCCUCCGGAACCGGUCGCAAGCGGCGUAGGACCCCCGCCGCUACAGAGCCCUCGUCCGUCGCACUUCGCCGCCGCGUCGGAGUCAUCCAGCUCGUCGACGCCUGGCGGGGAGAUCCCCAGUGCGAGGGGAACCUCCACGACGCGAGUACUUCUCUACUUCCUGUCACAAAAAAAAGAUUUGCAAUCUAGCAUAUUUAUGGAAGCCUUUGCUCUGGAUAAAAUUUGCGGGUCAGGGAGAUCAGCGGUCACCACCCAAGAAAGAGUGAUGGAAGCCCAAAGUAGUACUUGCUUUUCAAAAGUCGUGGGACCUAACUUAUGGUAUGGCGAUCGCACAAGACUUACGCCCAAGCAAGAAGAAGCUGCGCUUGGUUUGUCACGUGCCUGUGGCUCUGGCAUUCCAGCAUACAUUUGCACCAUGAAGAAGUCUAAUGUUGUCAAGAGACAGAUGGUAUUUUCAAGACAGUUCAGUAAGCGACACAUAUUCGGUCGUCUGGGCACUUAUGGGUGUGAAACCAGAGUUUUUGCAGGCAGGGACCUGGUCGGCAGUAAGCUCAACUUCUCAAUGAUCCAUGGAGAACUAAGGCUUCUUGGUGGAUGGCCCCUCUUUGUGAAGAGCCACCGUAUCGAAGCAGGACACGUGUGUGCUUUCAUGUUCCAGGAAGAGGAAGAGGAAGAGGGCGAACUGUCACUUAGGGUGCACGUGCUGGGUACUAUGCCAGUGCCAACAAUCUAGCCUUUGCUUGUUUCGUUGAUGAGGCACGGGAUGAACGUCGCUAACGAAUUAUGCAUCAGACAUUAGUAUUGGAAACAGCAGCAUGUGGCUAUCUUGCUCUGGAAUUAGUUGUUGUUGUUCUAUCUAGAUAACUAUGUAUGGACAUAUUGUUCUUUUGUGUUGGAGAGAGUAAGCGUUAGUGUUUUAAGACACAAAGAUUGUUAUUUUUAGACUGACCGCUCCAGUUGUGCAAAUAGGAACUGAAUUAGUGGCAUUGUUAGCAUGUACAUGAAAACGUGAUUUGUGCAGUGCUGGGAUUAGCUUGGGAAUGUCGUCCAAGGAUGGCCUUAUAUUGUUUCCUCGCAAUUUGUGGUUGGAUUUUUCUAUCCCAUCUUUAAAGUACAUUUGGAAUGUUUCUAAUUCUU